AUAUUCCCGUAGUGCGGUAACUGUCAACGGCUUCAGUUUCCCAUAUAUCAGCUGGCACUCGUAUGCUCGUUUCGCUGUAGUGUCAUAGUUUUCGUUGAAUGCAAUUGUUUUAAUUCAAACUUGGCAUUUUUUAAUCAGUUCUAUCGAUUUGACAAGUGGAGGAUAUUCUUUCAAACUUUCUACCUGUUCCAAGUCUCGAUGGACUCUGUUCAGACUACGGUGUCCGGAUUUACUCUGGACCUGGGACCAUUGAAAGAACCACUUGGAUUUAUUCGUGUGCUAGAAUGGGUUUUUACCAUUUUUGCCUUUGCCACGACUGGAGGUUACUCUGGGACAUCUCACUUCACAGUCAAAUGUCCUGGAUCUGCGGACCCAAUCGAUGUAAAGCCUGUGUUUGGAUACCCAUUCAGGUUGCCAGCAUAUCCUUAUGAGAUGCCUUCAUGUGAUGGCAGUCCUUCAAAUCACACCUUCCUCCAGGGAGACUUUUCCUCCUCUGCAGAGUUUUUUGUAUGCGUGGGUGUGUUUGGUUUUCUCUACUGCACCGCUACACUGAUUCUCUACUUGGGUUACCAGCAUGUCUACCGUCAGAACACCCGUGGUCCCUUCAUAGAUCUGAUGGUGACUGCUGCCUUCGCCUUUCUGUGGCUUGUGUCCUCUUCAGCCUGGGGCAAAGGUCUGACUGACGUUAAAUGGGCCACAAACCCAGACCACUUGGUGGAGAAUUGUGCACAUUGUCAAGCAGGAGAAUUUCCCUCCAUGGGACGCCUAAAUGCCUCGGUGAUUUUUGGCUUUUUGAAUCUUGUCCUUUGGGCAGGAAACUGCUGGUUCAUUUACAAGGAGACUUCGUUCCACAAGGAUCCCAGCCCACCUGCCACCAUGGAGGAAGGAGGGGCCCCUGGGCCUUAAGUUAGAGGCUGGCUCACUAGUUCCACUCAACAAAGGGAAUCCUCCCAGUUUCGAUUCAAUUUUCAUUUUCAUAUUAUUCUCACUUGACUUCAAACUGCUGUUUAUUUUUUUUUUAAGAGAGCUUUUAAACACUCUGCACCCAUAUAUUAUAAAACAUGUGGGUUCUAAACUUGUUUUUUAUGAAACAGUAGCAGGCCCCAUUCGCUUCUAGAUUGCCUUCCCUUGAUGUUUUCCUUUAACAAAAUAAGAAGUUUAAAUGUAAUCAUGUUUUGUUGGGCAAAAAAAAAACCAAUCUUAAUUUGCGGUAUGAGAUCAACGAAAGAUAGUUUUGUCCAUUCGUCGACACAACAGAACAUGCAGCCUGAAUCAUUUUCAGGAAUAUGUAACAAUCAAAAGGUAGAAGAAAUGUGAAAAAAUAAGAAAUAACCAAAACAGGGUUAAAGCAUUGUCGUUUUAUAAAUUGAUCGUACAAUCUUAAUUCCAGUGAAGUUGGGAUAUGUUGUAUUAAACAUAAAUACAAACAACACAAGAAUUUACAAAUCAUGUUCAACCUAUAUCUAAUUUGAAUACCCUACAAAGACAAGAUAUGUAAUGUUUAAAUGUAUAAACUUUGUUUUUAGCAAAUAAUCAUUCAUUUAGAAUUUUAUGGCUGUAACAUGCUCUAAAAAAGCUGGGAGAGGGUCAUCUUUGUUUACCUCUGUGUUACAUCACUUGUUUUACAUCACUUUUAACAACAUUCAAGAAACGUUUAGAAACUGAGGCCACUAAUUACUAAACUUUGUUGGGAAUCCUUUCCCAUUCUUGCUUGAUGUACAGCUACAGCUGUUUAACUGUCUGGGGUCUCCGUUGUUGUAUUUUAACCUUCACAAUGCACCACACAUUUCCAAUGGGAGACAGGUCUGGACUACAGGCAGGUACCUCCACUCUUUUACUGAGAGGCCUCACGUUUGUAACACGUGCAGAAUGUCAUUUGACAUUGUAUUGCUGAAAUAAGCGGGGAACUUGAUGAAAGGCAUUGCUUGGAUGUCAGCAUGCAUUUCUUCAAAACCCGUAUGUACCUUCCAGCAUUAAUGGUACCUUCACAGAUGUGUAAGUUACCCAUGCCAUUGGCACGAACACAGCCCCAUACCAUCCCAGAUGCUGAUUUAUGAACGUUGAGUACAUAAUUGUCCAGAUAGGUCUUUGUCUCUUUGGCCCGGAGAACAUGACAUCCACAAUUUCCAAAAUUAAUUUGAAAUUUGGACUCAUCAGACCACAGAACACGUUUCCAUUUUGCAUCAGUAAAUCUUAGAUGAGCUCACGCCUAGGGAAGCAGGUAUUUUCUAAAAACAAUAAAGUUUAUCAGUUUGAUCUUUGUAGUGUACCGGUAUUCAUUAAAAUAUCAAUUGAAUGUGAUUUGCUGAUCAUUUUAUUCAGUCUUUUUAAUUUUUAUUAAUGUUUAACACAAUGUCCCAUCUUGGUUGAAAUUGGAUUUUUAAUGAUCACAUUAUGCAACACGAAUGCAUCUAAAACUAGAAAUGUAUCAUAUUUUCUUAUCUGAAACAUCUUGAUAAAAAACACACCCAUUACACUUGAUAAAACCUAACGUUGUGUUUCAGGAACAACUUCCAGAAAGUAACCUACUUUGUGUAAAUUGCCUCAAGAUACUGUGUGGAUUCCAAAGCCUACUGCCAAAAUGGUUAAAAAUACUCUAUCCUAAAGGUUAGAUUAUGUUGAAAUGUGUCUUUUUUUUUUUAAAUAAUCAAGGAAUAGGACCAGACUGGAUACUAAAACUACUGAUAGUGCUUUAUUGCGUUUCUGAACUGCCUUCAGGGCUUUCAGAGCAGUGAGUGACAGCCAUGCUGCCAGCUCCACAACCCCAGGUUUUAGUGAAUUGAAAAGACACGUCUGAAUUUCUGAUAGCUACGGGUGCUGCUGUUUCAUCGUUUUUGUUGUUGUUUUUUGGGGGGUCAAUGUCACUGUUAAUUGCAGACACUAUUUUGCCUAAGUCCACUACAGAGCUUCUUUGCCCUUCAGGUGAUAAUGUCUAACUAAUAACAUAAGAAAAAAAGAAUGUUAAAUCAGGACUUGGAAUGGCAAUUUUCAGCUUGGAUGAGGAUCAAGCUCUGCCGUCUCCAUGUUUACAGGACUGCAGUGGAAUAAUUUAGAUUUUAGUUGAACAGUUUUACAUUUAAUCUGUUCAACAACGUUAAGAUUUGUCUUUUGCCAUAACUUUUAAUGACCUUAUUUGUAUGCAAACCACUCAUUAUUUUUGCCAUUGCAAUGUUUUAAAUUGGGUUUCUGUUUUCAUUUCCAUCUUCCCAUUAGGGAAAGAUGUCCAUGCGCAGCUUAUCUUUAUUACUGUACUUUGGUAUUCAAUAUGUUUUGCAACUGCAUAUCUGUUUGCUUGAGUGAGUAACAAGUGGCAUAAUAUGUUUAUGGAAUGUGAUCCUGCUGUUUUCAACACUGGCUUCCAACAAUCAUUUUACCAUUUAAUACCGUAUGUGAACCCUGCCACCACAACCACCACUUGGGUGCCUUGUAACUAAUAAGGGUUCAUUUAACAAAUUCACAUGUGGGUCUGUCAUUCAUAUAUACAUAUAAAAUCCUCGUCUCACCCCUUGGGUGGUGUCUGUCCCACAUUCAACUUGGGUCCUCUACAAGAGGCCAGGAAGCUUGAGGGUUCUGCGCAGUAUCCUUGCUGUUCCCAGCACUGCGCUUUUCUGGACUGGGAUGUCUGAUGUUGUUCCUGGGAUCUGUUGUAACCACUCAUCCAGUUUGGGGGUCACUGCCGCGAGUGCUCCGACCACCACAGGCACUACUGUCACCUUUACCUUCGAGGCUCUCUCCAGCUCCUCUCGGAGCCCUUGGUAUUUCUUGAGUUCCUUGUGUUCCUUCUUUCUGAUGUUUCCAUCACUUGGGAUUGCUACAUUAACUAAAAGGCCUUUCCUCUGCCCUUUAUCUAUGAUCAUGAUAUCUGGUUGGUUCGCCAUCACCAUCUGUCAGUCUGUAUCUGGAAGUCCCACGGGAUCUUCGCUCUGUCAUUCUCUACCACCUUUGGAGGUGUUUCCCAUUUUGACCUUGGGGUUUCCAGUCCAUAGUCCGCACAGAUGUUUUGGUAUACUAUGCCAGCCACCUGGUUAUGACGUACCAUGUAAGCUUUCCCUGCCAGCAUCUUACCCCUGCAGUUAUGCGUUGGAUCGUCUCAGGUGCCUCUUUGCACAACCUACACCUUGGGUCUUGUCUGGUGUGGUGUAUCUGGGCCUCUCUGGCUCUGGUGCUCAGAGCCUGCUCCUAUGGGCCUAAACCACCUCAUUGGGAAAAAUACCCUGAAUGUCACAUUUGUCCAGAGGAGUCUGACUGUUCAUUCAAGAGUUGAGUUAUACACCACUGUUUGAUUGACACCCGUGUUUCAAGCAUGGUUGAGACAAGAUGACUGUGCUUAACCACUUACAGGGAUUAGCACGUUGUGUUCACGUGUAGUAGCCUGUGACUUCUGAUCACCAUGGAAGAACACACUCGCACAGUUAUUUGUUUUGUCAGAAAGCGUAGUUAGUCCAGUGAAGGGAAAGAUUUAUUACUCAGAUAUCACAUAACAAUCACCUAAACAAAGGUUUAUGCAUGUCAUGGUUUAUGUUCAACAGUUACAGAGUAAACAGGCGAAUCUCAUAAAUCCUUGAAGGCCUAAUGUUGCUGUGAUGUUUAAUCCUGAUGAUUUGUAUAUCUAUGCAUGUCUGUUGAAGAGAGUUUAAAUUCAUUGUUACCCAUGCUUCGUAGAAUAUUAAAAAUAUAAAAUACA